AUGACAGAUGACAGAGAUGUGCUUCGAGAUGUGUGGUUUGGACGAAUUCCAACUUGCUUCACGCUCUGUCAGGAUGAGAUAACUGAAAGGGAAGCAGAACCAUAUUAUUUGCUUUUGCCAAGAGUAAGUUAUUUGACGUUGGUAACUGACAAAGUGAAAAAGCACUUUCAGAAGGUUAUGAGACAAGAAGACAUUAGUGAGAUAUGGUUUGAAUAUGAAGGCACACCACUGAAAUGGCAUUAUCCAAUUGGUUUGCUAUUUGAUCUUCUUGCAUCAAGUUCAGCUCUUCCUUGGAACAUCACAGUACAUUUUAAGAGUUUUCCAGAAAAGGACCUUCUGCACUGUCCAUCUAAAGAUGCAAUUGAAGCCCAUUUUAUGUCAUGUAUGAAAGAAGCGGAUGCUUUAAAGCAUAAAAGUCAAGUAAUCAAUGAAAUGCAGAAAAAAGAUCACAAGCAGCUCUGGAUGGGAUUUCAAAAUGACAGAUUUGACCAGUUUUGGGCCAUCAAUCGGAAACUCAUGGAAUACCCCGCAGAAGAAAAUGGAUUUCGUUACAUCCCUUUUAGAAUAUAUCAGACAACAACAGAACGACCUUUCAUUCAGAAGCUGUUUCGUCCUGUAGCUGCAGAUGGACAGUUGCAUACACUAGGAGAUCUCCUGAAAGAAGUUUGUCCUUCUGCAGUUGCUCCUGAAGAUGGGGGAAAGAAGAAUCAAGUAAUGAUUCAUGGAAUUGAGCCAAUGCUGGAAACACCUCUGCAGUGGUUGAGUGAACAUCUGAGCUACCCGGAUAAUUUUCUUCAUAUCAGUAUCAUCCCACAACCAACAGAUUGA